AUGGAAGUUACGGAAUCAACAGCGAUUACUAGUAUAGGAGAAAUUUAUGCAAUCACCGUAUUCACCUUUUCCACUUUGUUUCGAUGGUUCUUUUUACUCGUUUCCUUUAUCACCGUUACACUUUCUACUUGGAUAAUAAAGAUUUUAUCCCUAUCCUUUACUCUACAAUUUAAUUUUACUACCUUGCUUGUGUUCUUUGGUCUAUUUAUAACAAUCGGAUAUUUAGUCUUUCGGUAUCAAAUUCUUACUAGAUAUUCGCGUCUUCCCGUAGAAACUCCUCAGACUCAGGGUGCUUUUCACCAUCUUCGACCUGAUCUUGAUAACAAUGAAAAAGCUCAAUUUCUUUACCCUGAUGAUUUUUUAAGUGCUUUCUUAGAAGGCAUAAAAGUUUUUGGUUACUUGGAAAAACAAGUGUUUCAUGAACUUUCAAGACAUUUGCAAACGAAAAAGUUAUUGGCUGGUGAUAUUUUAAUGCUGGAGAAAGAAAGAUCUUUCUAUAUUGUAAUAGAUGGUUAUGUUCAAGUUUUCGUCAAAACUGCAAAUGAAGAAGACAUAGUGUUAGAUCCUUUUGAAGAUGAUGAUUAUAAUCGUGGUUAUCAACUUUUAAAUGAAGUUACAAACGGUGGAACUUUAUCAAGUUUAUUUACCAUCCUUUCUUUAUUUACUGAUGAUAUUGAACUUCGCUACAAUGAUAAAACGAUGGAUCAUUCAACUAAUAAUGAUAAUACUGGAAAACAGGAAAAUGCAUCUAUUAAAAAUGAUCAGUCUCAUGAUAUUUCUAAUUUAAAGGAUUCAAAUCAUGAUACUUCCGAAGAUCAAUCUCUUCCUGGAUCUUCAACGCUUCCUGAUAGUCCUUCCUCACGUUCAAAUAGAUCUACAAAACCACAGAUUUUAAGACGUCUUUCAAAAGAAUUUCCAACCACUACUUCUGUUCAUCCAAAUAUAGUUGCUAGGGCAACUAUGGAUACCACCUUGGCUGUUAUUCCAGUAGAGGCUUUUCAUAGAUUAAGAGAAAAAUUUCCUAACUCGGUUGCUCAUAUUGUUCAGGUAAUUUUAACGCGUUUUCAACGUGUUACUUUCUGGACUGGAUAUAAAUAUUUGGGUUUAACAAAAGAUAUUUUGAGAACUGAAAAAUUAAUGAACGAAAUUACUGCAUAUAGUCUCCCUAAUGAUUUUUUUAGACCUGGAAGUAUGGAACGACUUCGUAUGAAAUUUGUUGGUAGUAGUAAAAAGUACAAAGAUUUGGAUAAUAUGAGUGAUGAGUACAAUAAGUACAAAGAUAUGGAAAUGAGCGAUAGUGGAUUAACUAAUAAAAGUAAAAAGGUUAGGCAGUCUACUCGUCCCAGACAAAAUGUUAUAUAUGAAAGUGAAGUAGAAUCUAGUACUGACGUUCCUAUGAUACCAAAUUCUAAAAAAAAUAUCCGACCUUAUGUUAAUAGCAAGUACUUGACAACUCCUAAAAGUGCUCGUGUUCAACCUAUCAGCGGUACUCACGUGAGUGGCCGUGAUUAUGAUACCGAGGAUGAUAUGUAUCUUCGAGAAUCCGUUUUAGAAGGUAUCUCAAAAGGAAUCGGUCUAAUACAACCUAAUCGUAAAGAUAAAAACUCUUCAUCAGAGCAUGGUCCUCGUUCUAAUUCAUCGGAUUCAAAUUUACAUUCUUUUCAUUUUUUGAAUCAACAUUCUGUAAAUCCUUUGCUAGACAUUCCCGAUGAUGAAUCUGUUGCAGAAACUAUAUCAUCUUUUACCAGUGAAUUAGAUAAUGAUGUUGAUAUAUUAUUUUAUCCUAAAGGUUCAGUUCUAGUCGCUGAAGGAGAGCGAAACGUUGGAUUAUUUUUUGUUAUUGAUGGACUUUUGGAUGUUUCAGUUACUUCUAGUGAUAAGAAUUUUCUUGGAAGUUCUUUUCGAUCUGGUGCUUCUGAAGUUCCAACUCAAAAUAUUCACAUGAAACCAAUGCAUAAAAAAAAAGAAUCAAUUAGUACUAAUUCAUCAAAUAAAUUCACGGAUAAGAGUUUAUUUAUGAUUAAACCUGGUGGUCUUGCGGGAUAUCUUGCAGCUUUAACUGGAUUUCCGUCCUUUGUUACUAUCCGUGCUAGUACCGAUACUUAUAUAGGAUAUUUGUCAAAAAGCUCGUUGAAUCGUCUUAUGGAACGGAAUCCAAAUGUACUUUUGACUUUGGCUAAGCGAUUAAUAAUGCUAUUAUCACCAUUAGUCCUUCAAAUCGAUUUUGCUCUUGAUUGGGUACAAGUCAACGCCGGGCAGGUUUUAUAUUCUGAAGGGGAGCAAAGUGAUUCAAUAUAUAUUGUGUUGAAUGGUCGUGUACGUGCCAUAAAUGAAAGAAAGAAUCGUGUCAUUGACAUUGUAGGAGAAUAUGGUCAGGGUCAAAGUAUUGGAGAACUCGAAGUUAUAUCGGGAACUCCUCGCCCACACACAUUGCACGCUAUUCGUGACACUGAACUUGCUCGUAUGCCAAAGACUUUAUUCAAUGCACUUGCUAUUCGUCAUCCAGAAAUUACUCUACAGAUUUCUCGUAUUAUUGCCUCAAGAACGAGGUUGCAACAAGAUCGGGAUUAUAACCGUAAAAAUGCUGCCACUGAAUUUGGUGAAAAUAAUACUAAUCUCAAAACUGUUUGUAUCUUACCUGUAAAUGAAAAUGUUCCCGUGACCGAGUUUGCAGAGAAAUUGAAAUCCGCUUUGGUAAGAUCUGGUGAAACUGCCACAUUGUUAAAUCAAUCUUCCGUAGUACCGGUAUUAGGUAAACAUGUGUUUACGCAAAUGGGAAGGUUGAAGCUUAUUAGCUGGCUUGCUGAACAAGAGGAAGAAUCGCGAAUCGUGUUGUAUUUGGCUGAUGGAGGUCUUAGUUCAUCAUGGACUCAAACUUGUAUUCGUCAGGCCGAUUGUAUUCUUUUAGUUGGCUCAGGAGAUGAAGAAGCAACUAUAGGAGAAUAUGAAAGUCUCUUGAUUGGUACAAAGACCACAGCUCGUAAAGAACUUGUAUUGCUGCAUGCUGAAAGACAUUGUGCGCCAGGAACGACUCGUCAGUGGUUGAAGAAUCGACCAUGGAUUCACGCGUAUCACCAUGUGCAAAUGACUAUGCCAAAACCAACAAUAUUGGCUAAGCGACCACGAAGAAACGCGUUAGAGAGUUUUAUUAGAGAUCAACUUUUGCUUUACACUACAAAAAGGUCUCCUACAACACAUAAUGGAAUUCGUAGUGAUUUUUCAAGGCUUGCGCGACGACUUUGUGGCAAAUCAGUUGGUCUUGUUUUAGGAGGGGGAGGUGCUCGAGGUAUAUCACAUAUAGGAGUUAUUAAAGCGCUGGAAGAAGCUGGUGUUCCGGUCGAUAUGGUCGGAGGUACGAGCAUCGGAUCUUUUAUUGGUGGACUUUAUGCACGUGAAUCAGAUAGUGUGUCAAUCCUUGGACGAUCUAAAGCAUUUUCAUCAAGGAUGUGUAGUAAAUGGCGACAAGUUUUUGAUCUAACAUAUCCGUUAACGGCGUGGUUUACAGGUCAUCAAUUCAAUAGAGGUAUCUGGAAAUGUUUUUCAGAUACAUUAAUCGAAGAUUUUUGGUUAUCAUAUUUUUGUGUUACUACAAACAUCACAUGGUCACGUAUGGAAGUUCAUAAAAGUGGUUAUGCGUGGCGAUAUGUUAGAGCAUCAAUGUCAUUAUCAUCAUUUUUACCCCCUCUUUGUGAUAAUGGGAAUUUAUUAGUUGAUGGUGGAUAUUUAGAUAAUUUACCGGUGAGUGUAAUGAAGAGUAUGGGAGCUAAUACAAUAAUUGCAGUUGAUGUGGCAAGUCAUGAAGACACGUCUCCAGUAUAUUAUGGGGAUUCGCUCUCAGGAUGGUGGGUAAUUCUUAAUAGAUUUAACCCAUUCAACCGACAGACAAAAAUACCCACAAUGGCAGAUAUACAAUCGAGAUUAGCAUAUGUAUCAAGUGUUAAAACAUUGGAAGAAGCAAAGUUAAUACCCGGAUGUCUUUAUAUGCAGUUACCAGUGCAACAAUAUGGCACAUUAGAAUUUAAUAAAUUUGCUGAAAUAUAUGAAGUAGGAUACAAAGCAGGAAAAGAAAUAUUGAAAGAAUGGAAAGAAGAAGGAAAAUUACGGGAUAUAUUAGGUAAAGAGCAGGAGGGAUAUAGAAGAAAUAGAAUAAGUAGAAGAAAUAGUGUAUAA